UGAACAUUUGAGAUGCUUCCGUUAAUUGGAAAGACCAUCAUCUUUGAUAACUUUCCUGAUCCUUCCGAUACAUGGGAAAUCAUUGAAACCAUCGGCAAAGGAACGUACGGGAAGGUUUUCAAAGUCCUGAAUAAGAAGAAUGGCCAGAAAGCGGCAGUUAAAAUUCUGGAUCCGAUCCACGAUAUUGAUGAGGAGAUUGAAGCAGAGUAUAACAUCCUAAGGACCCUUUCCGACCACCCCAAUGUGGUCAGAUUCUAUGGGGUUUACUUUAAGAAGGACAAAACAAAUGGAGACAAGCUAUGGCUGGUUCUUGAGCUGUGCAGCGGAGGCUCAGUGACCGAUCUGGCGAAAGGAUUUUUGAAGAGGGGAGAAAGAAUGAGCGAGCCUAUAAUUGCAUAUAUUUUACAUGAAGCACUAAUGGGACUUCAGCAUCUGCAUAGCAACAAGACUAUCCACCGCGAUGUCAAAGGAAAUAACAUUCUGUUGACCACUGAAGGUGGAGUAAAACUAGUAGAUUUUGGUGUGUCUGCGCAGCUCAGCAGCACCCGGCACCGCCUGAACACCUCCGUAGGAACACCAUUUUGGAUGGCUCCUGAGGUGAUUGCAUGCGAACAGCAAUUAGAUACCACUUAUGAUGCUAGAUGUGACACGUGGUCCCUGGGUAUCACAGCUAUUGAGCUUGGUGAUGGAGAUCCUCCACUUGCUGAGCUGCAUCCCAUGAGAGCCCUCUUCAAAAUACCAAGGAAUCCACCUUCUAAACUAAGGCAGCCUGAGCUAUGGUCAGCAGAGUUCAACGACUUCAUUAGCAAAUGCUUGACCAAAGAUUAUGAAAAGCGUCCAACAGUGUCUGAUCUUUUGAAGCAUAAAUUUAUUACUCAGAUCGAGGGCAAAGAUGUGAUGCUACAAAAACAACUAAUGGAAUUCAUUAAUAUUCAUCAAUGCCUGGGAAACACAGAGAAGGCCAGGCAUGAACGAAUUCAUACCAAGAAAGGCAACUUAAAUAGAACUCUCAUUGCCAGCCUGAAGGACGUAGAUGACUUAGCAACUCUAGAUGUUUUGGAUGAGAACACAGUGUCUGAACACCUUGAGAAGUGUUAUUCCAGGGACCAGAUCUAUAUCUAUGUGGGAGACAUACUCAUUGCACUUAACCCAUUCCAGAAUCUGGGCCUUUAUUCCACAAAGCUUUCUAAAUUGUAUAUUGGAGCUAAGAGAACUGCCAACCCACCUCACAUUUUUGCGAUGGCUGAUUUGGGAUACCAGUCUAUGGUCACGUAUAACUCAGACCAGUGCAUUGUUAUUUCUGGAGAAAGUGGUGCUGGGAAGACACAGAGUGCUCAUCUUCUGGUUCAACACCUCACCAUUCUUGGAAAGGCUAAUAACAGAAGCUUGCAAGAGAAGAUUUUACAAGUGAACAAUUUGGUUGAAGCCUUUGGCAAUGCUUGCACUAUCAUAAAUGACAAUUCCAGCAGAUUUGGAAAAUACUUAGAAAUGAAAUUUACCUCUUCUGGAGCUGUAGUGGGGGCACAGAUUUCUGAAUACCUUCUGGAAAAAUCCCGUGUCAUUCACCAAGCCAUUGGAGAAAAAAAUUUUCACAUUUUUUACUACAUUUACGCUGGGUUAGCAGAAAAGAAGAAACUAGCCCUUUACAAAUUGCCUGAAAAUAAGCCGCCCAGGUACUUACAAAAUGACAACCUCAGGACAGUACAAGACAUGAUGAAUAACUGUUUCUAUAAAUCCCAGUAUGAAUUAAUUGAACAAUGUUUCAAAGUCAUAGGUUUUACAAUGGAGCAACUUGGAAGUGUGUAUAGUGUGCUCGCCGCAGUCUUGAAUGUUGGAAACAUUGAGUUUUCCUCUGUGGCAACUGAAUACCAGAUGGACAAGAGCUACAUCUGCAACCACACAGCGCUGGAAAACUCCGCGUCUUUGCUUUGCAUUCAAGCAGAUGAGCUUCAGGAAGCUCUUACGUCGCACUGCGUGGUCACGAGAGGAGAAACCAUUAUACGGCCCAACACAGUAGAAAAGGCUACUGAUGUCCGAGAUGCCAUGGCUAAAACUUUAUACGGACGUCUCUUUAGCUGGAUAGUGAACUGUACUAACAGUCUGCUGAAGCAUGACAUAUCGCCGAGUGGGAAUGAGGAGCUAAGCAUCGGCAUUCUUGAUAUAUUCGGCUUUGAAAAUUUCAAAAAAAAUUCCUUUGAGCAGCUGUGCAUCAACAUUGCAAAUGAGCAGAUCCAGUACUAUUUCAACCAGCACGUGUUUGCGUGGGAGCAGAAUGAAUACCUAAAUGAGGAUGUGGAUGCUAGGGUUAUUGAAUAUGAGGACAACCGGCCCCUCUUAGACAUGUUUCUGCAGAAGCCAAUGGGCUUACUGUCCCUGCUUGAUGAGGAAAGCAGGUUUCCCAAGGCCACCGACCAGACUCUCAUAGAAAAGUUUGAAGAUAACCUGAAAUCUCCAUACUUCUGGAGACCCAAAAGAGUGGAGCUGAGUUUUGGCAUUCAUCAUUAUGCAGGAAAAGUCCUCUAUAGUGCUAGUGGCUUCUUGGCUAAAAACAGAGACACUCUUCCAACUGAUAUUGUGCUGCUUUUGAGGUCGUCAGAAAACAGUGUAAUUCGGCAACUUGUCAACCACCCUCUGACCAAAACAGGUAAUCUGCCACUUUCUAAAACUAAAAAUAUUAUAAACUAUCAGAUGAGGAAUUCACAAAAAUCCGCAAACCUGACCAAGGGUGAAGCUAGAGAUGCCACACGCCACGCCUGUGAAACCACCAACAUGAAAACACAAACGGUCGCAUCAUAUUUUAGAUAUUCCUUGAUGGAUUUGUUAUCUAAAAUGGUGGUGGGCCAACCUCAUUUUGUCCGUUGUAUCAAGCCAAAUAAUGAGCGACAGGCAAGAAAAUACGACAAAGAGAAAGUUCUGCUGCAGCUGCGCUGCACAGGGAUUUUGGAAACAGCAAGAAUUCGAAGGCUUGGUUACUCACACCGGAUACUGUUUGCUAACUUUAUAAAGAGGUAUUAUGUUCUCUGCUACAAGUCGAGUGAAGAGCCCGCAGUGAGCCCAGACACCUGCGCUACCAUUUUGGAAAAGGCUGGUCUUGAUAAUUGGGCUCUUGGAAAAACAAAAGUGUUCCUUAAAUAUUACCACGUGGAACAGUUGAACCUUAUGCGAAAGGAAGCCAUUGACAAGCUCGUUUUGAUCCAAGCCUGUGUCCGAGCAUUCUUGGGUUCAAGAAGAUACCAAAAGCUACAGCAGAAGAGGAAAGACAGUGCUGUGGUAAUACAGUCAGCUGCGAGAAGACAUCUCAUGAGAAAACAAGGAAAAGAGACUGCUAGUGGGGAAAACCCAGCAGCAACUAACAUCCAGACUAAUGACCAGGAAUUCGACUACAAGAAAAACUUUGAAACAAAAAGGGAAUCUUUUGUGAAGAAACAGACAGAAAAUGCAGUGUCCGCUAAUGAAUCCAACAUUUCAACUCCAAACAACAAUGGGGGCCCAGCUUCUAGAAAGACAUCUGCCUUCAGAGCUGGGGGGAAAGCCAACAAUAUCGAGAGUAACAACAGAAGACCUCAGACUCAGAAGAAAAUAAGCAAUGUGUGUGGGGAAGAGCACAAUCAAGAACUCUACAUUGUGGGGGACCCUUGGGUGGAAGUAAGCCCCAGGAAGACGUAUGGGCAAGACCUGGAAGAAAGCAGAAAGAUGAGGAAAGAGGAGAAAGGGGAGAAAGAGGAUGCUGUGAUCCAGAGUUAUUGUCGGUGGUACACAGAGGGGAGAAACUUUGAAAACUCAAAAGCAACACAUCUAGAAGGGAGGGAGACAUGGGAUAAGCCAAGCUGCCCAGGACUGUGGUUAACUGAGGAGAUUUAUCUGAGAAAAACUAUGGAUCCUAGCCUUAGCCAAAAGUCAGUCUAUCAGAAUGCAGACGGCAAAGAAAAAGAAAAGAAGACAUCUGUGGUUACCCAGAAUGCACCGCUGAGCAACCUAGAGAGAGACUAUCACCUGCAAGGGUUCCUCGGAGAAAAAGACACUGGACCAGUGGAUGUGUCCCAGGAGGAAGACAAGGCUGCUACAUUCAUUCAGAGCAAAUACCAGGGUUCCAAGCAAAAGCAACAGUUGGGAAAGGACAGGAUGUCACCUUCCUUUAAGAAUCAAAAGAUCCUUUCGUCACCCACAGAAGUAGCAAGAAACAUUCACAAUAUUUAUUCCUGUCCUCCAGAGCAUGAGGGGACCCACCACGUGAAGGUGCUAAAUGACAGAGACUCAAAAACGGCUUCAAAAAAAGAAGCAAGUGAUUUGGCCAUGUUUUCAAGACAGAUAUCAAAGUUAUCUGAAGAAUAUUUCACUCUGCAGAAAAACUUGAAUGAAAUGAUUUUGUCCCAGCAACUGAAGCCACUUUAUCUGGGUUUCUAUCACUGUAAACCAAUUAACAGACAUGUUUCUACUCAUCAACACCUGCCAGGUGUCUCUAAAGGUGGAGAGCCAAAAAUAUUGAGACCUCCAAGGCGACCCCGGAAACCCAAAACAUUAAAUAACCCUGAAGAUUCCACAUACUACUGUCUACUCCAUAAGUCAAUCCAAGAAGAAAAACGGAGACCAAGAAAAGACAGUCAAGGGAAACUACUAGGUUUGGAAGAUUUCUACUAUAAGGAAUUUUUGCCUACUCCUUCUGGACCACAGGAACACAGCUCUAACACAAGAGGAGGAAGAGCAAAGAAGGAACCCCAGGACAGAUGCAGUGAGAGGAAUGAAAGGUGCUGGACUGCUGCUGCGGAAAGCCCAGAGGAAGAGACAGGGAUCUCAGCCAAUCCCUAUGACUACAGGAGGCUUCUGCGCAAAACCUCCCAGCGGCAGCGCCUGGUGCAUCAGUUGUAG